AGAGAGAGAGAGAGAGAGAGAGAGAGAGAGAGACUCCGGAGACAGAGCGUGUGCGUAAAAGCGCACGAGAGAAAGACUGCAGAAGGAGCCAAAGAACAAAUAACGGACUUGGGCGCAACAGAAGCGGAAUCUAGCAGAACGACGCAGAGGGAUCCUCUUCUGGAGAGGGCAGAGAGGAGGCAGGUGGGCUGGGAUCCAGCGGAUCUGGCUGGGUCUCUGCGCCGCCGUCGCCGCCUCUGCCUCUCUCUCUCUCUCCCCCCCUCCCCACGUGGCUGCUCCAUUUUGCCCUAACUGCGCGAAGGCCGGAGGAGGGGGACCAAGGAGGAGGAGGAGGAGGCAUCCACUGCGCUUGGGCCGCCGCGAAGGCGCCUUUGCGGGGGUGGGAAGAAGCCGGGAGCAGCUGCCGAGACUGUGGGGAGCCCGGCGGCGUGGCGCAAGCUCACCUUUGCAAAGAGUCUGUGGCUGCAGCCUGCUCCCUCCCCCUUCCUGACAUGUUUCUCUUCGGAUGGCUCAGGAGGAACCAGCAAGCUGGGAUGCUCCACUUCUGAGCUCCUCUCUCUUCCUCCAUCCUCUACGGGAGAGCAGAACCAGGUGCCGCUGGGGGAAUAAGCCGAAGGCAAGGCGAUCAGCCCACACACUUGAAGCAAUGCGGUGGUGGACGAACGACUCUUUGCAGAAAGACCUCUAAAAACAUGGAUGAGGAACCUGCGGCCCUACAAAUAUUGCUGAACUCCCAUCACCGUAAGCAAUGCGCCACGCUGGCUGUAGCUGAUGGGCAGUUCAACAACAUCUGGACGGCCGCAGAUGGCUGGUGGAUGACGUGGGGAUGGUGACAGCCGGAGGCCCUGCUGAAGCCGCAAGAGCCAUGAAGAACCAGCCCCCUUCAGGGAACGCACCCGCAACACCCGUCAGCGCCCCUUCCCGAUGGCACCGGCGCAGGUUCCGACGCAAGGCCCCCUCCGAGGUGACUGUGAAGGGCCAGCUGCGCAUGCGCUCUACCUCGGGAGCUUUUGUGAUGGUGGGCGUCUCAGUGGUGUUGGUGGGCAUGACCAUCGCUGUCAUCGGCUACUGGCCUCACCGUGCCAGGUCCGGAGGAGGCAGCCGGCCGGGCAACACCAGUGCCACCGAUGAGAUCAAGAAGGAAGUGAAGGCCUUGGCCCACGCCCGCCCCUUACCUCACAGCGAGAAGCUGAAGCUCAUUGGGCCUGUCAUCAUGGGCAUCGGCCUCUUCAUCUUCAUCUGUGCCAACACCAUGCUGUACGAGAACAGAGACAUGGAGACCCGCUUGCUGAUGCAGAGGGAGCUCUACUCCAUGAGUCUGAGGCUCCCACAGGACACCAGCCAGGCAAGCAGCUACUUUCAGAGGAGGCCUACCUUGUCCUCCCUCCAGGCGAACGCAGACUGUGUGGAAGGUUGCUACGAGGUGGACCUCUCCUCCAGCGGCUUCCAGUCUUGCUCCAGCCCAGCUGCCAAGUGGCCCAACGCUUACAAUUCAAACAGGCUACAGGCCACCACCCAGUUCCACAAGAGCGUCUCGCCGUCCCUUUCCCUCCUGAGCGUCCGCUCGGAUUCUGGCAAUGCUGUGCCGGAUAACCGCGGCCUCCCUUUUGCCCAUGGCGCAGAGUCAGUCAUCUCGGCCGUCAAUGCCCUGUCUCUGCCUCUCAUUAAACUCAACAACUGUCUCCUUGAAAGCCAGCGAGUUUCUCGAGCAGCCAUCCGGGACUUGGAAGCCAGUUGCCUCCGCUUGCCAGAGGAGAAAGAUGAGGUGUUGAGGCUUUCGUGGACCGUCCUCCCAGGGUGCAAUGCCACGGCUCCCCGGAGAGGCGAGCUCAGAGGCAGCCAUGUGGUUAUUGAUAUGGAUAAUGUUGAGCCUUCCUCAGCCACCUCGGUGGAAAGACUGCUGAACCCCGAAUGCACAAAGAGGGGAUUCAGCUCGGACACUCAGAUCCCUAAUGCGGGUCACUCCAAGUCCCUGGAUCUCGGCCAGCCAGGGGUAGUGUUAGUGGCGCCAGUCAAAGACAGGAAGCACAGGAGCUGGCCUAGACUCGACCACAUUGGCCUGGUCAACUAUGCAAAACUGGAAAGCCGGGGCGAGUCUUCUGAUAGGCUGUUGGAGCCAGCGAAGGAGCCUAUCAGUGGCUUGAGCAGGGAGCCUUCCCAGGAGGUUGUUGCAGAAACGGGUUGCGGAAACUGACUCUGCAUUGGAAGACAGCGCGUGCUGUUGGGAUUUGCCAUGUCAUGCCUGGUGUUGCCAGGAGCGAACGUGUAUAUAGAACGUUUUGCAGCAGCGGCUGCUUAGUCAGUCUGCCAGUGGCCAAGCCCAAGUCUCCUGCCAGAGGAGAGAUGCCUUUGAGAUGCUGCUGAACAGAUUGAUUUCCUUCUCAAGGGCCUGCUCAAUUCUUGCCUUAUAAAGAUCCCCUCUUCAGCUUCCCCCACUCUGUGUGUGAAAAGAACUAUUUGCUUAGAAAUGGAAAGAAGACUUGGGAUUGCAAUGGGGCGGGUGGGAGGGUGGUUGGUGGGGGCUGGUACUCCUCACUACACCCAAACCCACCCAACCUCCCUUGGAAACACAGGUGGUAAAAUUGUGGGAAGAACGGGACGAUUGCUAAGGUUUCAGAAACAAUAAACUGGUGCCUCCUAAAAUAGCACAGGUCUAGUUUUCAAAGUCACGAGAUUAUAAUUUUUAUACACAGAUGCUAGUUUCAGAGCUCUUUGGGGCUAAACAUCAGACCUUGCCUGCGGUAUUUACCCCACCCCACCCCCGGUAGUAGAACAAUUUUUAUUUUUUAAAAAAUAAAUUCUUAUUGUUUUAUUGCCAAUCUCAUGUUCUGGGCUCUGAGAAAGCCAAAACAUUUUAAAGUCAAAAUCUUGCAAGUUAAUUGGUGACUUUUUUCUCCUUCCUGCCUCUUCCUCUGUCCUGAAUCACUGGGUAUGUACAUGCCAAACAAGGUUAUUAAAAAAAAAAGGUUUGCCUCA